AUGCCUCCACAAGAACUCACUCCUCAACAUAACUACAGUAUCUUCAAAGACUGGGACAAAUCAUUCAAGCGAUGGUUCGAUAGCAGCUACAAGGCUGAAUUGAAAAAUGUCCAUAUCGACUAUGUUUUGAAUGGUACCACUUGUCAACCCAUCUCUCUCAAAGAAUUCCAAUUCUUUCUUCAAAACAAGGAACACUCAGCAGAGAAUCUAGACUUCUACUUUUGGUAUUUGGGCUACAAGAAACGGUUUGACAAGCUGUCUGAUGAUGAAAUGGUCAAAUCUCCUCCUCCCAACGAAAGACCCACUCCUGGUGUCAUAUAUAAUGCUCCCAAAACGUCAGGCAAAGACGGCGAGCAAGUUGCUGCAGAUUUGGAGAAGAAAGAUGGCAUAGUAGCCCAGCAGCCAUUCCGUGAAGAAAUCAACGCUAUUGCUCUAACCUUUUUCCACGAAGAUUCGUUCAAAGAAUUGAAUGUGGAUAGCUACCUCAGUAGAUAUGUCACAUACUACAGCCAACAAACGACUCAUCCCGAUAUCUUUGAAGAGGUGCAUCAGCAUAUCUACAAUAUCCUCAAAACAUCCAGUUUUCCUAGUUUCUGUCAUCAGGCUACUAAGAAUAUUAGGUACACAUUUUGGGUCAUUGAAUGGGCAGGAGUUAUCUUCAAUUUUCUUCAUAUCCCUGGCAUCCUCUACUAUACCUAUUCCCACCAUAUGUCUCGCUGGUAUCGCUUGAGUCUAUUCUGGUUCUCCUUCUUUGGCUCUACGAGUUUUCUAUCCGGAAAAGCUGGUUUCUGCACUAUCAGAGGGUUCGCUAACUUUAGGCAGGUUCCUUUGUAUGAAUUCAGCGAGUACAAGGUUGAACGAGGAUCCGUCGAAAAGUUCAUUAAAAAUGGGCCCAUGGGAUUGCCAUUGCAGCAACAGCAGCCUGAUCCAGAACAGGAUGUCGAUAAAGAGAAGCAAAAGAAGAGAAGUCUGACAGAGAUUCUUGACCCCGAAGUACUGAAAUAUGGAAGGCAAAUGUGGUGGCAUAUCAUCAUUGCGGGCAUUAUCUUCUCGUCGAUAGUAACUAUAUUGGGUGUUUCCAUCACAAAUGAAUACGACGUUCCUCCUGCUCCACCAAUGCCUGCUUAA